AUUUAAAGACUUCUAGAUUUAAUAAUAAUAAUUAAAAAAAAAAAAAAAUCUUAAUCAUUUUUUUUAUUUCCUUUUUUUUUGUUCUUUUUAUUUAUUCUUUUGCUGUAGUCAUUAUGAAAUUUGGCAAUUAUUUGGAAGAAAGAAAGGCUAAUCUACCAGCCAAGUACGUUUCACAUUGUAUCGAUUAUAGAGCACUUAAACAAUUCCUUAAAACAGAAGUGUAUGCCCAUUCUAUCAGACUUAAUAACGUUUCUUCUGACGCAUGCUCCUUUGCUCAACUCGUUUCAGACCGUCUUUGCGAGCUUCAGAAAUGUCAAUAUGUCUUUAUUCAAAAGUUAGAUGCCGAAGUUGAUAAAAUUACCACUUUCUUUGAUGUUGAAUCGCAACGUUUGGUUGCUCUCUCUCAAUCCAAUGAUAGUCAAUCGGACGAAGCUCAAUUACUCAAGUCGAUCAUCACACUUGAACGAUUUGUCUUUUUAAACUAUACGGGCAUUAUUAAAAUUCUUAAAAAGAACGAUCGACACUCUGGACUGUCAUUAUCAGAACCUUACCUACCCGAUCAGUUAACAAAACUUAAACGCAGUGUCAUGAAUCGCUUCACAACUGUGGAUGUUCCAGCUUAUCCACCACUUAUGGUUCGUAGUCGAUCUAACAAUACAGCUGCAACUGCUCUACCACCUGUUAUUGCAGGUCCUAAUCAACAAGUCCUUGUCUCUCUCUCUGGCCCACAUGGUACGGAUAUUGUAGGUGCCGUCCUUGAUUGUCUUGCACGUCACCCCUGUCGUAUCGAAGAUGUCAUGAUUUCACGUCUCUAUCAUAAUGUGACCUUUGGUGUCCUUAUCACCCUUCAAUCCGAUUCUAUCUCUAUCUUUAGAGAUUUAGCAGAGGCAGCACAAAAAUGGGAUGCUAUCUUGACUUAUGACGUACCUGAUUCUCAAACGAGAGAGCCCCAGCAGGAUUCACCUGUAGUCAACUAUACAAAGCCUGCAUCACUUGAAGAAGCUCCUUAUUCAGAGCGUGAUAAAUAUACAGCUACUCUUUUGAAUCAAAAUGGUCUUGUUCCAGAAUUCUUGAGUCAAUGGACUCGUCUGUUGCUUAAACAUCGUAUCUCUUUAUCAUGUGCAGAUUUUAAAUUAAGUGUCCCUCGUGGUUUAAAUAUGAUUGAACUUCGUCGUGAAUUAUUUGAUUUAUCCACGAAAUGUGGUACGGAUAUUGCGUUCCAAAAGGAUGACAUCUAUAGGAAAAACAAAAGAUUAGUUGUCUUUGAUAUGGACUCUACAUUAAUUUAUCAAGAAGUGAUUGAUGAAAUUGCAAGAUAUGCUGGUGUAGUAGAUCAAGUAUCGAGUAUCACAGAAUUGGCUAUGAAUGGUGAAAUUGAUUUUAAAGAAUCAUUACGUCGUCGUGUUGCACUAUUAAAGGGUGUUAGUGUAAGCGUAUUAGAAAAUGUUAGACAAAGUUUGACAUUUACAGAAGGGGCCAAAUUCUUGUGUCGUGCACUUAAAAAAUUAGGAUUCAAAUUAGCUGUCAUUAGUGGUGGGUUUAUGCCUUUAGCGCUUUACGUAAAAUCAGAGCUUGGGUUAGAUUAUGCUUUUGCUAAUCAGUUGGAAGUAUCAUCUGAUGGAUUAACAUUAACAGGUAAAACGGUAGGACCUAUUGUGGAUGGUAUUCGUAAAGCAGAGCUUUUAGAAGUGAUUGCACAAGCAGAGGGACUUUCAUUAAAACAAGUCAUUGCCGUGGGUGACGGUGCCAAUGAUCUUUGGAUGCUUAAUAAAGCCAGUUUAGGUAUUGCCUUUAAUGCUAAGCCUCGUGUUCAAGAACAAGCGGGUGCACGUAUUAAUCAACAAAGUCUUAAAUACGUGUUGAUGUUACUAGGAUAUACAGAACAGGAGAUGAGGGAAUUAUAGAAGUUUCUAAAUAAUAAUAAUAAUAAUAAUAAUAAUAAUAAUAAUAAUAAUAAUAAUAAUAAUAAUAA